AUGGCCAUCCACUGCCACUGCGAGCAGCCCUCCGCCUCUUAUAAUGUCGCCUUCUCCGGCGACGUCGUUUAUACCACCGUCACGCGCGACCCCGCCGCCGUCUCCCAGUGGAUCCGCGACGUGAGCUCCCUCUACGGCCAUCGCCUCACCGUCGGCCUCGACAUCGAGUGGCGCCCAAACUACAACCGCGGCGAACAGAACCCCGCCGCCACACUCCAGCUUUGCGUCGGCCGCUGCUGCCUCAUCUACCAGCUCAUCCACUCGCCCUACUUCCCCGUCCACCUCAUUCAAUUUCUCUCCUACUCCGACCACAAUUUCGCCGGAAUUGGAGUCAAAUCCGAUGUCAGAAAACUAGAGCGGGAUCACAGAAUCGGAUACGGUGCGAAGACGGUUGAUUUGGGGAAAUUGGCGGCGGAGGUGUAUAAAAUGAAGGAGCUGAAGAACGCCGGAUUGAAGAAUAUGGCGCGAUUUGUGCUUGGGAAAGAGAUGGAGAAGCCGAAAUCAGUGACCAGAAGCCGAUGGGAUAACCGGCGCCUCACGGCGGAUCAAGUCCACUAUGCUUGCAUUGACGCCUAUGUAAGUUUUGAGAUUGGUAGGGUUUUGACUGCUGCUCUUGUUAGGUCAUGAUUUCAAUUCAAGCCUUGUGAUUUGAAUUUUAUAAUAAUGCAAAAUCUAAAUCAUUUUGGAGCCAAA